CUCAUAAAAUUUCUGCAUUGCAUCUGCAAUCACAACGCUGACUUCCCGGAUCGCCACUCAGCCAUUGGACUCUUGAUAGUCGUCUCCCCACACUGCUGCUGGGGGGACUUUUUAAAACCUAGGCCUGUGUAUGGCCUUCAAUUGAAGCUGCUUCCGCUCCGCCACUAUGCCAUUGGACUCUUGAUAGUCGUCUCCCACGCUGCUGCUGGGGGGACUUUUUUAACAUAGGCCUCUGUAUGGCCUUUAAUUGAAGCUGCUUACGCUCCGCCACUCUGCCAUGGGCCUCUUGGGUCGUCUCCCCACGCUGCUGCUGGG